UGUCUUCCCAAUACGCGUGAGCUACUGACAACAAAGUUUGACACGCUGUAGGAGAAAUUAUUUUUAGACCAUCAAGUGUUUCAAACCGAUGCGCGCGCGCUGUGUGGCACAAAACGUUGUAGCUUGCUUAGUUAACGAUGGUGUUCACAUUAUUUUAUUGAAGUGGAUGAGUACAGUAGACAGUUGGUGCGUGAUGCUGAUGAUGAAGGGAGCACUGCUGUUGACGGUCGUGUAUCUGUUGCGCUGCGAAGGUGCGGUGGUGGUGACGGCGGACGACCACCCCGUCGUCAACGACCGGCCGAUCAUCGGCGUGCUCUCGCAGGAGCAGUCCAUGUACCUCCACACCAAGUACCCCGAGGAGAACUACACCAGCUACAUCGCCGCGUCCUACGUUAAAGAUGUAGAGGCGUCCGGAGCGAGGGUGGUGCCAAUACUGAUCGGAAAAGAUCGCAGCUAUUAUGAAGAACUUAUGGGAAAAUUGAAUGGGGUAUUAUUCCCUGGUGGAGCUACCUACUUCAACCAAUCGGAUGGCUACGCUGACGCUGGUCAGCACAUAUACGAGAUAGCUCAAGAAAUGAACGACGCUGGUGACUACUUUCCUAUCUUCGGCACCUGCCUCGGCUUCGAACUGCUCAUCAUUCUGGCAUCAGGUCGAGGGGAACCUGAGAAUAGGAUCAGAUGCUAUUCCUACUCCAAUAUUCCUCUUAAUUUUACUGAUGACUACCGCACCAGCAAGAUGUUCAAAGAGACACCAGAAGACAUUCUAGAGUUAUUGAAGAAUGAGGAUGUCACAGUCAACGCUCACCAAUUCUGUAUUAUAGACGAGAACCUGAUAUCUCACAACUUAACCCGCGAUUGGCGAGUGACUUCUCACUCAUACGACGACUAUGGAGUCAAGUUCAUAGCUACCGUUGAACAUACAAGGUAUCCAUUCUACGGUGUCCAAUUCCAUCCAGAGAAGAGCUCCUUCGAAUGGAAACUGUCGAAGAACUACCCACAUUCAAUAAACGCGGUCAAAUCCAACCGUUACUUCAUGGAUUUCUUUGUAAAGGAGUGCAGAAAGAACAUGCAUUCUUUCAAGAACCAGGCUGAAGAGAACGCCUACGUGAUAUAUAACUACGAACCUCACUUUACUGGCGUGUUGGGUAGCGCUUACCACCAAUGCUACUUGUUCGAACCUAGAGGCACCGUUGCUAACAACGUGUAAUGUGGAUUUUUUAUUUUGUACAACUUUUUUAUGACGAUUAUAUUUACCUGAUGACGUAUUCUAUUUAAAUAAUUGUAAAUGUAAAUUAAUAAACUAUCUUUUGUUAUCAA